GCCGACUCUUGGCCUCCUGUUAGCAAGCACCCAUCCAUCCAGCCAUUUUCUUUACCGCUUAUCCUCACUAGGCUCGCAGUGUUGCUGGAUUUCAAUGUGUAUGCAAUGAAGAAAAAAAAACUGUAAACCGAAUUAUUACUAUAAAACAGUGAGUUUUAUUUUAUAAUCCCACAUUUCGUUUAAUCUUACUUGCUAUCACGUGGACGAAAUUCACGGAUUCAGACGGAUAAGCUGUUAAAAUAAACUAGGCUAGGCUAGGUGGCUGGCUCCGGAGAAGAAUGGAUCUAUUUGACGACCUACCCGAGCCCACUCAGACCGGUGAGUGACGACGGUUUCACGGGUAAACGGAGACGAGCACACCGGCAUCAGCCACGGUUCAUCUGCAACUGAUAAGGUCCUGGCUCGACUGCCGUUCCCGUCUCGCCGCGAACCGCCAAAGACCUGGUUGACGACGACGACGACGACGACGGGAAGAAGAGCGUCAAACGAAAACGGGAGGAUGAAAAAUGUGAUGUGCCUCGGAAAGAAGAGGAGGAGGAGAUCAAGAAAGUUUGUAGAGAAGGUUUUUUGACCUCUGUCACCAUGUCUGAUGAUGCACGGCGACCGUGACGCAGCUCGGUUUACUCUGUGUGUUUUGUGUGUGUGUUUGUUUGUGUUUUUGUGUGUGUGGCUAUACACGCCUGUGUGUGUGUUUUUUGUGUGUGGGGCUGUAUCUAUGUUUUUUGUGCACACAUGCAUUUCUGUGUGUGCAUGUUUGUGUUUUCAUCUGUGUGUGUGUGUGUGUGUGUGUGUUUUCUGGUUUGUUUUUGUGUAUGUGUGCUUUUGCUCCUGUGUCCGUGUGUGUACACAUGCGCGUGUGUUUCUGUGUGCACGUUUGUGUUUUCAUUUGUGCGUGUGUGUGUUCUGGUUUGUUUGUGUGUGUGUGUGUGUGUGUGUGUUCAGGCCGCCCCGUGUUGCGAGGCUACGUGGCUGCGAGGCGCGGCGAGCGUGAGGAAAUGCAGGACGCUCACGUUCUACUUCCCGACAUGUGUGACUGUCUAUCAACGCUGCCUGGUCAAAUAUCUGGGGCGUCGUAUUUCGCCGUGUUCGACGGCCACGGCGGCGCUCGAGCGUCUCGCUUCGCGGCCGAGCAUCUUCACCACAUUCUGGCCAAGAAGUUCCCCAGAGGUGAAGGUGAGAACCUGGAUAAGCUGAUUAAAAAGUGCUUGGUGGACACUUUCCGCCAGACGGACGAGGACUUCCUCAAGAAAGCGUCCAGCCAGAAGCCGGCGUGGAAGGACGGGUCCACGGCGACCUGCGUGCUGGUGCUGGAUGACGUGGUCUACGUGGCCAACCUGGGAGACAGCAAGGCGGUGUUGUGUCGCAUGGAGGAGGACGGAGAAAUCCCAGAGGGACGGCGGCAGAGGCCGACCACGCUGUCGCUCAGUCGAGAACACAACCCCACCAUCUACGAGGAGAGGAUGAGGAUCCAGAGGGCGGGAGGAACCGUCAGGGAGGGGCGUGUACUAGGCGUCCUGGAGGUGUCGCGCUCCAUCGGAGACGGCCAGUUCAAGCGAUGCGGCGUCAUUUCCUCCCCAGACCUGAGGAGGUGUCAGUUGACAGCUAAUGACAGGUUCAUCAUCUUGGCCUGUGACGGCUUAUUUAAAGUGUUUUCGGCAGAUGAAGCUGUCAGAUUUGUCCUCGACGUCCUUCAGGACGCUAAGUUGACGGACCAGGAGGAGCAGUUUGAGGCGGCCUGCCAACAGUUGGCCAGCGAGGCGGUCAGAAGGGGCUGCGCUGACAACGUCACCGUCAUCUUGGUUUCUAUUGACUUCUAAACACACACACACAUACAUGCAUUGACUUUCUUUUCCAAUAAAAUACUUGACUUCCUCUUUUAAA